AGUGGCUAGAGAUCCGUAUACUGAAUAUUGGUGAAGUCCCUGAUAAAUGAGUAGUGGUAUAUGUUAUUUAGCAGUGUGUCGUGAAAAGUGAUAUUUACAUACUCACAUGUUAUUGCCAUUACGCAAAUUGAGGGUACUUCACGCUGAAGUUUUCCUUCUUUCAAGAAAUACGCCCAGGAAUCGCAAGCAAAGCGCAUUUUUGCCUGUGGAUUCGGCUUGCUCACUUCAGAGUAUUCAGACUACCCAUAUACAACACACGAACGAGAGUCCAUAAUGGACCAAAAGGAAGAGGCACAACAGCAUAAAGAGAAAGGAAAUGAUUGUGUGAAGGAAAAGAAAUACAUUGAAGCAGUAUUGCAUUACACAAAUGCAAUAAAGUUGGAUCCAUCUGACCAUACCUUUUACAGUAAUAGAUCUUUAGCUUUCCUCAAACAACAACAGUAUCCCCUAGCAAUGGAGGAUGCGAGACAGGCUAUAAAAUUGAAACCUGAUUGGCCCAAAGGUUACUUCCGUAAAGGUGAAAUUGAACUUGCCACAGGACACUAUACAGAAGCACUAUUGUCUUAUGGGUGUGCUUUAAGACUACAACCCCAUGAUAAAAGCAUUUUGGAUGCAAUCAGUAAAACAACAGAAAUGAGACAGAAAGAGAGGCAAGCUGACUUUCAGAUACCUUGGCUGGGAGCUGGAAUUGGUAUCAUUAUUGGUGUCGGAUUGGUCAUCGCAGAUUAUUUACUAACUGAUAAACCCUCAAUUAAACACCCAAUCUUGAUGGCUCUACUUACAAUUGCUGUGGCUAUGAUUGGCUAUGUUAUUGGAUGGGCAUACCGUUACCUAACGAAAUGCAGCCAGACUUCACUACUGGAACCACCUCCAGAUCUGUUCAGAGAUGGUGCAAAUCAAGAUAAUGAACAAGAAUCCCAGGAAAAUGGAAAGUCAGAACGGAGUCAUCGGUAUACAAAAGCUCAAGCUCGCCAACGAUUUAAGAAAGGAAGAAGUUGAAAAUUUACUGGAAUUACUUAUAAGUAAGUUCUAUGGAGUGAAGGAGACAAGUUAUCAACAAAUGAUGGGGCAUGGUAUGUCGAUUUAUCCUAGCUGAGGUGCUACUAAAAUUCAUAACGACUCAGGCAAAGUGUUCAUUUGGAUGUGGUUUGUGGUGUUAGAUUGAGCCUUGUGUAAUGCAAGGAGGAUAUUUAUUGAGAAGUAUUUAGUUAUUAAUAAAUUAUAGUUCCUUUUUAUCCUGUAUAACUGUUUUUGUUUACUAGUUUGACUCGAUGAAAUACAGACAUUUUCAUUGUC